AAAAAUGGCCGCCGCUGAGGAAAGAGUGACGUAGAUAUUGUGUUUUGUUUGUAUCGGACCUGUAUUUUGACUCUGUACUGCUAUUUUCACAAGGAAAGGGGUAUUUUGCCAAUUAAAGCUCCUUUAAUAUAAAGAAGAGAAGGACGUCUACCCCACUUCAUCGCCUGUAAAUGUAUGAUGGGCAUUCCCAAUUAAUUUGCGUCCUGGAGAUUUGGCGUAAUGAGCCAAGGCCUGCAAAACACAUCCUUAACACAGCGGUUCCGCCCGGUGGCCAUUGUGGGUCCCUAUCAGGACCCUGGCGGCUGCUGGAUGAGCUCGCCCCACCCAUCAAGUUCUACAAUCACCUCCUCUCCCUCCCCAACACCAUCAUCAACUUCAACACAUUCGCAUUCCCACAUACCAGCUUUAUCACCAUCUCCAGUUCCAACAUCAAUUCGUAUUGAUAAUAACAAUAUGGACAGUACUGCAAAGCUCUCUCCUACCAUUGCACAAAAACGCGCAGAAGUUAAAUUAAAUGCUAUGCCAUGGUUUCAUGGUAAAAUAUCACGUGAAAGAGCAGAGCAGCUUUUGUGCCCCAAAAUGGAUGGGCUCUUUUUGGUUCGAGAAUCUACAAAUUUUCCUGGUGAUUAUACACUUUGCGUGUGUUACCAAGGGAAGGUUGAACAUUACCGUGUGAAGUACAAGGAUCAUAAGCUCACAAUUGAUGAUGAAGAGUUCUUUGAAACCCUCGCCCAACUUGUUGAGCAUUAUGAGCAGGAUGCAGAUGGUUUGUGCACACAACUCACAAAGAGUCUACCUAAAAAAGGAAAGCAAGAUUUUUGUGUAGACACUAAAGCUUUUGUAGAGGCUGGCUGGGUAAUACAUGACCAUGAGCUGGAG